AUGUGGAUAACGAUCAAGAAGCUGACGAUAUUUGAUAUUAAAAAGUUUUAUGGCGAUUAUGGUCAAUUGGAGCAUUCUACGAGCUUACACACGUUGAUUAAACACAUAAUUGAUUAUGUCUUAUUCACGCCACCACAUUCAGAAGAAAGAAAGAAAAUUGUAAAAGUCAACAAGAUAUGA